AUGUCAAAUUUUGAAAAAUAUGCAGCACUUGUGAAGGAACUUGACAUUCCGAAGGAAGACAGGUUGGCAUUUAUAAAAGAACUACUAACGAAAGAUGAAGAGAAAGCUGCUAAAGAGAAAGCUGAGAGAAAAGAAGAAGAGAAGGCUAGAGAAGAAAAAGCUGCUAAGGCGAAAGCUGAAGAAAAAGAAGAAGAGAAGGCUAGGAAGGAAGAAGAGAGGGCUAGGAGGUUAGAGGAAAGGAAUUGGAAAAUAGAAGACGAUGAAAGAAAGAUUGCAGCAAAAAGAGAAGAAGAUGACAGAAAGCACAAGCAUGAAACAGAACUGAGAAGAAUAAAUAGUAAUAUGGCCGCAACUGAACAGGCGGGUGAGCACUCAACCAGAUUCCAGCUGAAAUUCAGUGACUUAAGAGAAGGAGAAGAAAUAUUAAACUACCUCACACAAUUUGAGUGCAUUGCCACAACUAACAACUACAGUAGAAGCAUGUGGGCAAGUACUUUGCUGAGCAGGCUCACGGGUGAAUGUUUAAACAUAAUUGGCACGCUUACUGAUAUUCAAAAAAUGGACUAUGACCAUAUUAAAAAGAAACUACUCACUUGUUAUGGGAAGUCAGAGGACGAAUAUAGAAAAGCCUUUGUGGCGAUGAAACUGGAGAGCCACCUGGACACAACGGCCACUUUAUUUAAAAUGAAGGAAAACUUGCUAAAAUACUUUGAACUAGCGGAGAUAGACACAAAUGAUCCAAAGGCUCUGUUAGAUCAGUUUCUAAUCCUCAAAAUUUAUGAUGAAGCGGGCAAGGGCUUAUUCAGCUUUCUAAAAGAAAGGAAAAUAAAAACGGAAGAUCAGCUUAGAAUAGCGGUGGCAACGUUCAGGGAUUCACACCCCCAUGAGCAGUUGUCGGCAGAGGAAACCGUACUGGCACAGACAGUAGCGGGCAGAUACAAACAGCUACCGAGAACACAAUCGCCGACAAGAAAAAGGCGUAACAGCCUGCCUAACAUUGGAAAGAGUAGACCAAUAAGGAUAACAUGUUAUCACUGUGGUAAAGAAGGUCACAUGCGAGCUGAAUGCUGGAGGCUGAACAAUAUGAAUGACAGACAGCGACAAGGUCCUAGUAGCAGUGGGAGGUAUAAGAGCUGGGGAUACCAGCACAAUAGAAACAGCGGUGACUAUACUAACCGUAGGGAAUAUUCACCACCGAGUCCAAGCAGAUACUAUAGUGGUACCAACAGAAACCCGCAAGACUACAGGAAUAAAUCUUUCAACCAAGGAAGUAGGCUGUCAUUUAAUAAUAUUGAAAGGCAGAAAAAUAAUAACGGUGAUACGGAAGCGAAACAAAUAGUAGCUACUGCCCGUGAUGCUAAUGGAAGAUUAUUUUAUUUCCCAGCGGUAUUGAAUGGGAAAAACACAAUUUGCCUAAGGGAUACAGGCUGUACAACAUUGAUUGUUGACAAAGCAAUGGUAAAAGAAUCAGAUUACACCGGAGAAGUACAAGAGGUCAGGUUAGCUAAUAGGAUGUCUAUCCAUUGUGAUUUGGCGAAGAUUGAAAUAGACUGCCCAUGGGUUACGGGUUCAUUCACAGCAGUUGUGAUGGAGAACCCUAUUUGUCCUCUAAUAAUUGGCAACAUCCCGGGUAUUCCGGAUGACUCAAUGAAAUUUUUAGAAGCAUGGCAAGCCAAGAAAGGUAAGAUGGUUGUAAGCGCCAUUAUACAGGAUGAUAACGCAGAGAAGCUAAAACCUAUAGUACAAACGCACUUAACAGCGCCUGAGAUGGCAAGGCUACAAAAAGAGGAUGAAGUCACAAAAAAACUGAUGAAUAACAUCAAUAAACAACAAGGAAAGUACAGAGGCCACUGCUAUGAAAUAAAAAAUGAUAUACUGGUUAGAAUAUUUCAGAAUAACAGCAUUAAAAGGACACAAAUAGUCAUUCCAGAGAAACUGAAAGGUCUAGUCUUGGAGACAGCACAUGAUAGUCCUUUGGCGGGGCACAUGGGAGUCAGGAAAACUAUGAAUAGAAUCCUUGACAACUCGUUCUGGCCGGGAAUCCAUCAGGAUGUGAAAAGAUACAUUGGUAAAUGCAAGCAAUGUAUAACUAAAAAUCAUCUACACAGCAAACAUAUUGCUCCUAUACAGCCAACUGAUAAAAUAGGAAAGGUGUUUGAGAAAGUGUCUAUAGACAUAGUAGGACCUCUACCAAUUGCAUCAAAAAAAGACAUUUUUUCAAGAUAUGGUUUUCCUGAUACUCUGCUGUCAGACAACGGCAAACAAUUUACCUCUAAUGUGACUAAUGCAUUAACAAAGCUGCUGAAGAUCACUCAGGUACACUCGACCAUCUACAGACCGCAAGCAAACGGUAUGUGUGAACGGUGGAAUAAGACUCUCAAAGUAAUGUUAGCAAAAGCUUCAGAAGAUCAUCCUAAGGAGUGGAAUGAGUAUAUUCCGGCGAUACUGUUCGCCUAUAGAGGAACAGUGCAUGACGCGACGGGGUACUCGCCAUUUGAAUUAAUGUUUGGAUCAAAUCCAAGAGGGCCGCUGUCGUUGCUAAAUGAUAGAUUACUUGGCACUCAAAUCACUGAACAAGAUACUUUUGAGUUCAUUACUGAAAAGAAAAGCAAAAUGGUAUAUGGAUUACAAUCUGCUCAACAAAAUGCGGAGGGAGAGGCAAGUAGACAGAGAAAAUUGAAAAACAAAAAUAGAUACCUCAGGCAAUUGAAGGAGACAGACAAUGUCUAUGUUUGGCUACCUACCUGGAAAGGGGUCAAAUUAUGGCAGGGACCAUUUGUGAUUAAAAAGAAAGUGAACGAAGUAGAUUAUGCUGUGGACAUCAAAGGCACAAUAAAGAUAGUACAUGUUGAUCUACUGAGGAAAUACGAUAACAUGCCUGAUCAGAUAACUCAAGUGAUGGAGGACAUUAAUACACAUGACACUGACAUAAAUGAGGAAGUUGGUCGUGAUGAAGAACUGCCAAAACGUCAAAUAGAAGAACAAUCUAGCGUAGUAAUUAUAGAGGAACAACCUACCUUAGCGAACAUAAUUCAAACAGAAGAAGAAAUCCAGCAAAUUACUCCGCUGAAGUACAGAAAAGAACUACAGCAGUUAUUGAACGAAUUCAAAGAUGUCAUUACUGAAGAUACUGGCUACACAAAAACAAUUACUCAUGUCGUAGAAUUAAACAAGGAUGCUAAUUUCAAAAAGAAACAAUAUGCAGUACCUUAUGCAUACAGAGAAGCAGUGAAGAAAGAAUUAAAUCAUUUGAUCGAAACUAACAAAAUACAACGCUCAAAUUCAUCUGUAGCUUCACCAAUGGUGAUAGUAAAAAAGAAGAAUGGAAAAGUAAGAAUUUGCUGUGACUAUAGAGAUUUGAAUAAAAUCACGAAAAUAGACGCAGAACCACUGAGAGAUACAAAUGAACUAUUGGAAGAGAUAGGGAACUCAACAAUUUUCACUCAUCUGGACUUAAACCGAGGUUUUUGGCAAAUAGGUAUGGAUGAGGAAUCCAAACAAUACACAGCGUUUACAACUGAUGAAGGAUUAUUUGAGUGGAAUGUCAUGCCUUUUGGCCUAGUAAAUUCAACAGCAACGUUCUCCAGAUUUAUGAGAAUAAUGCUGGCAGAUAUAAAGAAUGUAGUACAUUUUGUAGAUGACAUAUGUAUUCAUUCUAAGGAUAUCAAGACACAUAUGCAGUCAGUUAGAGAGGUACUAACAAAAUUAAGGGAGCAUGGCGCGACUAUUGCACCUGAAAAGUUAAAAUUUGCAAAUGAAGAAAUGGAUUUUUUGGGAUUCAAAGUAGGCAAAAAUCAAAUUAGACCUACUGACGGAAAUAAAAAUAAAAUUCUCAACUUAGAAAUACCUAAAACCAAGAAAGAAGUCAAAGGUGUAUUGGGUCUAUUUAAUUUCUACAGCAAAUUCAUACCCAAGUACUCAGAUAUAACUCUACCUCUAAGACAGCUAAUUACCAAGGACAGCAGUAGAACAAUAAAUUGGUCUAAAGAAUGUCAGGAUGCUUUACAGCUAAUAAAGCAGUACUUUGAACAUGAAGUAACGCUUACUGCCCCUAACUUUGAGAAGACACUAACACUGGUGACGGAUGCUUCAAAUUAUGGAUUGGGUGCAUGUUUAAUGCAAGAAGUGGACAAGGUACUACGGCCUAUAUUUUAUCUGAGUAGGGCACUAAACAAAACGGAACAAAACUACUCAACUGUGGAGAAAGAAUGUCUGGCCAUUGUAUGGUCCAUGACCAAACUGCAGAAAUAUUUAUUAGGAAGAAAAUUCAUUCUCCUCACCGAUCACAAGCCAUUGUUAGCUAUGAACAACAAACGGAUAGCCAACAGCAAGAUAAACAGAUGGUUAUUGAUUCUGCUGGAUUUUCAGUAUGAAAUUAGGUCUAUAAAAGGGAAGGAUAAUGUAGUAGCAGAUUUUUUGUCUCGGCAAAAUGUUGACAGUACAGAAACUGAGCCUACCCUAAACCACAUUAGUCAACAUUUAUAA